AUGACAUAUGGUUCUGCGGCUGAUGCGGUUGAUGAAUACCUCCGGCUUGGUGAAAGCACCGCCAUUUCUUGCUUGGAAAAUUUUGUAGAAGGAAUCAUAUAUCUGUUUGGAGAUGAGUAUCUACGAAGACCCACACCAGAAGAUCUUCAACGACUACUAGAUAUUGGAGAAUCUCGCGGAUUUCCCGGGAUGAUUGGAAGCAUCGAUUGUAUGCAUUGGGAGUGGAAAAAUUGUCCCACUGCUUGGGCAGGACAAUAUACACGAGGAGCUGGAAAACCGACAAUCGUUUUAGAGACUGUGGCUUCACAAGAUCUAUGGAUAUGGCACGCGUUUUUUGGACCUCCAGGUACCCUAAAUGAUAUUAAUGUUCUUGACCGCUCUCCUGUGUUUGACGAUAUUUUACAAGGUAAAGCUCCAAAAGUGGAUUACUUUGUCAACGGAAGACAAUAUCAUUUGGCUUACUAUCUGACUGAUGGAAUUUAUCCAAAAUGGGCUACAUUUAUCCAAUCUAUUCCACUUCCUGAGGGUGAUAAAGCCCGCAUGUUUGCUAAACGUCAAGAAGCUACCCGUAAAGAUGUCGAACGUGCUUUUGGAGUCUUGCAAGCUCGGUUUGCCAUUGUCAAAAAUCCAGCUCUGAUGUGGGAUAAAAUUAAAAUAGGAAAGAUUAUGCAAGCAUACCAAAAGAUCAAAUCAGAUAACGACUAUGAUCUAAACCUCGUCGACUCAAAAGAAGCUGCCUUAUGCACUGACUUGUCAGACACGAAACCACAGGGGUCGGUGGUAUAUAUAGCUCAUGGGAGCAUGGCUCAGCUGAGCAGUGUGCAGAUGGAAGAGAUUGCUUGUGGGAUAAGCAAAUUCAGCUACUUGUGGGUGGUCAGAGCUUCAGAGGAGUCAAAGCUCUCAUCAGGAUUUCUUGAAACAGUGAACGAAUUCUUAUAA